CCAAUUGCACACACUGGCACUGACAGAGAGAAGAGAGAGAGAGAGGACUCAGAAAAAUACGGGAUUUCAUCAAAUCGCCGGUAAAAUCCUUUUGACUGUGCCGUCGACGAACGGUUGUCCGUCCAGGACUUUGUCGGCGGUGGAACCGUUAAGCUUGACCCAACCCUAAUGAUGUAUCGCAGGAGGCAAGGUGGGUCAGGACCUUCCUCCUUCAAGGAGGAAACCGAUCGUUCACGUAUUCGUGCUUCAUCUCCAGAGAACUCCUCGUCAUCCUCUGCGCCUUCGCUCGCCGCCAAAGCUAUCAGGGCCUCGUCUGCUUACCGGGACUCUUCUCUCUCAUCUGCUUAUGGUCAUUCUUCUCCGUCCUCCUCUUUCCCAAAUGCUACUGUCGCGAGAUCUUCCAUCUCCGUGCACCAGGAGUCAACCACCACCCCUGGUUACACAUCUAUCAAAAACUUAAAUGAAGCCAAGCAAAGUAAGAAUGAACCGAGGCAAAGCUUUUGGGGAGCUUUGGCUAGGAAGGCUAAAAACCUUGUUGAAGAUGACAAUGCAGCCCAACAAUUUGAAGCAGCUGGAAGAACCAGAUUGACAUCUGAUAAUACAUCAAAGUUUCAGCCUGGUGACACAUAUCAAUCAUCUGAAGACAGUCAGAAGAUGGAGAACCCUCGGUUACAAAGGGGUCUAGAUGCACUUGCUUCUUCCUUGAGUUAUAUUGGCGGUACCAUUGGUAAUGCCUUAGAGGAAGGUAUGACUGUGGUGGAAAACAGAACAGCAGACAUCAUCCAAGAAACUCGGAAGCUGCAAAUAAGAAAGAAGGUGGUUAAUAACAGUUCUGAGAAGCAGAAUCAAUCACCUGCUCCCAGUAUUACACAGAAACAACAACCGCCAAUGCAGCAACAGGCCUAUAAUAUGCAACCUCAGCCUCAAAAUGAUUUGGAAAUUCAACUGAAGGCAUCUCGAGAUGUUGCAAUGGCAAUGGCAGCUAAGGCAAAGCUUCUUCUUCGGGAGCUGAAGACAGUAAAAGCUGACCUAGCCUUUGCAAAAGAGCGAUGUGGUCAACUGGAAGAAGAAAAUAGAAUAGUCCGAGAGAGUCUUCAAAGGGGUGGAAACCCCGAAGAUGAUGAUUUGAUACGGCUUCAACUGGAAACACUUUUGGCGGAGAAGGCUCGAUUGGCUCAGGAGAACUCUGUAUUUGCUCGUGAGAAUCGUUUCCUGAGGGAAAUAGUUGAAUACCACCAGCUAACAAUGCAAGAUGUUGUUUAUUUGGAUGAAAACAAGGAAAGGGUCACGGAAGUUUAUCCCAUCAAGAAUGUAUAUCCGAUUGAGAUGCCUGAAGAUGAUUCGCCACCACCGAGUGACGAGCUCAUCAGAGAUAUUGCCGCAUUGAAUGACGACGAUGAUGAUGUCAAUACAUCAUUCAUCAUCAGCUCUUCAUUGCAAAGAUGCUCAAAACCCAAAUAAAUUCUCUUAUUUUUUUCUAGGGAAAAUGGUGUGUGAUUUGAACACUGAUUGAUUGAUACACAAGUUUGUUACAUUCUCAUUGUGCUAAUACCACAUCUCCCUGAAUCUUGUAUUCUAUAUUGAAAACUAAAUAUAUAUUGUAUGUAAAAGCACUUUAGUUAUUUAUUGUAAUCAAAUUGUCUACAUUUUGUUGAUGGGAAUAAUUUUUGUGAAGCAUUUAUUUACUUUAUAUGA